UCUCGACCAAUCAGGGCCCGGCCUCUCAGCGCGUCGCUGUAUAAAUUAUGCGGGCUUGUCCAGAGCUGCAGAUUUCUGUGUAGAGACGAGAUGAGCUGACCUUGGAUUGUAUUCGUACCGCUACGUUCGGUGCACGAGCUUUAACGGACAGAAUAUAGAAUAGCGCGUGUGGAUGUGCUUUGCGGCGCUGGUCGCGUGGAGGUCGAGUCGGGACACUGGGCCGUUCGUCAACGGACUGUAAAACAUGAGCAGCAUGAAUACGCCGUGCUACACCGUGGCUAUGGAUCUAGGCGUCUGCCAGCUGAGACAUUUCUCCAUAUCGUUUCUGUCGUCUUUAUUGAGCGCAGAUGUGAAGCUCGACAACAGUUCGUCAGGAGCCAGCGUUGUGGCCAUAGACAACAAGAUUGAACAAGCAAUGGACCUCGUGAAGAGCCACCUGAUGUAUGCCGUGCGUGAGGAGGUGGAGGUCCUAAAGGAGCAGAUCAAGGAACUGAUUGACCGCAACUCUCAGUUGGAGCAGGAGAACACCCUGUUGAAGACACUGGCCAGCCCAGAGCAGAUGGCCCAGUUCCAGGCCCAGGUUCAGACCGGCUCCCCGCCUGCUCCUUCAACAUCUGCCACACCGGGACCCCCAAGCACCGCUGCACUUGCUCAGCCCCCCUCGCACAGCUCUGGCCCGUCGGCGUAGCCUGGUCUGCACUGACUGACUGACUUACUGACCGUUUUUUUUCCAGUUCUGCUACAGCAGCAGAGCUAAACCUUGCCUUCUACAGCAGGAGGUUACGCUGUUAAGACAAGAAUUUGCACAUAUUUAUCUCUCAGAAGGAUGCAGCCAGCGGGACGUGCGGUGCUUUACAGCACGGUGGUGGAGGGGGGGACGAUCUUGAGAUGCUUUGUGGGAUUUGGGGGUUGGUUUCAGAGAAGAGAAUUGAAUCAUCGAACAUUUGCCAAAUAACCCUUGGACAUAUCAACUAGAAUGUCUAACCAAGAAGAAACAAAACAGCUUAUCAGUGGCGACAAUAUACUUAGCUAUAGAUACAAAAAAUCAAAAAAAAUCACUGUGCCUGUGUCUGGAUUUUAGGCGAUGUCAAUUUUAGAAGGCGAUGGAAGAGUAGGAGGGUGGAGGAUUGUAUUAGUUGUUACCUUUUUUUUUUUUUUUUGCUGAAUGAUGUAAAUAAAAGUGGUUCUCUCUCAAGGCUAGAUCCUAAAGUUACAAGCGGAGAGAUUUGAGAGAGACUAAAAGCCUUCUUAGAGUGACAAAUGAAGAAUGUGAGCAAUUAUUAUGACGGAGUCCCCAUCUGGAAUGGGGGAGUCGGGGGGAGGGCGUGGGAGGGUAUUUUGAACAACACUGAGCAUUGAUGACGUUUCUUCAACUGUGGGUUGGUGGGGAUGAACAAACCGUGGUUUCUUAUGGAGAUGAUGAUAUUCUAUUUCAGUAUUUCACUUUCAAGCUCCUCGUUUUGCCCUGGACAAAGCUCAUCGUUGCUGUUUUCUCAACCCUGCAGUGGCAUGUCAUUUAAACCUUAUUUGACAGGGUUGAGAUAUUGGGCUAAGCUGCAUUUUCUUUUUUUUCCUAAAAGUUUGAUGGGCAGAAGAUGAUGUAUAUUUCUGUAUAGUGUAAGUACCAUGUAAAAUAGUGAGGAGGAGAACAGAGGCUAUCUUGGUCACACAGAUUGAAAGCGGGUGAGCGAUGAACGUGCUGGUCUUGCCCAGUCUGUGUCGUCUAUUUUUAAUGCUGUAUUUUCAAGACUGUGGAUGGACAGGAGUUUAGGUAAUUUAACUGACAACACACAGCCAACCAUACUGUCCAUAUCCCUUACUGCAACUAAAGAAACUCUUACUGUAAAAUCAUUUUCACUUUGCUAUUUUUAUUUCUGGAGUAUUGCACCUUUUUUUUUUUUUUUUUUUUUUUGACCGUGAAAUACUUUUUGGAUGAACAAUAUCUUAAAACUCAACAUAAAAAGAAAACUACAAAUACAAACUGUAAGAGAUGUUUUUUUUUUUUUUUCAUCCUAUGUAUCAGUUGUAUGCUCAUGUUCUGUGCAUGUUUCUGCAAAGACCGGUUGAGAUAUUGUAACAUACAUACCACAAUUGCACUUGACAGCUGCACUUCACAACUUUCAAUAAACGUGCUUAAGGAAGAAUAA